UCAGGAGGUUUGACCCUGGCUUUUCAUUGGACGAGUUAACGUCGCGCAACGUCUGCAAGGCAAAUAUGGAGGGUGUGUUUUCAUUGGCUACGUGUCCCAGAGGCGUGGUGUUGUGGUGAGUUUACGUUUCAGGGCUGUGUUUUUACGCGCUGCGCUUCCACAACACGUCAAGUCGUCAGUUCAGAUUUGGCCCGACAGGAAGUUAAACGUGGAAGCAGUGCAAAGCAUCCGGUAACUUUCAAAAUAAAAGGCAUGCGGAUUUUGUUUAACGAGUAAAAACAGGACAUCGUUGUUAGCGACACCUUCACGGCCGAGGUAAACAGAAGAGAAGACAAAGCUUUGGAUGAAUGCGGCCAUCUUCCUCGUUGCUCGUUAUCGCGUGAACUGAAAUCAGGCGUGGUUUUGUGAUUCUCCAGCUGUUGCUGCUGAUUCACUCCGAGUGGAAAGCACCGCUCCGCUGACCUCUUGCGUUCAGCGCUGCUUACGCGUUCGGCGGAAAGGUCAGGUGAAGCACCAACUUUAUGGUCGCCUUCAAACAAAUAUCUGGUUUUCCGAUCUGAAACCUGAAGCCUGUUCCUCCUGUUUUUGCACUACGAAGGGUGAGAGGGUUCAUGAUCUAAGCUUACAUCUUCAAAUCUGGGAGCUUCAUGUCCAAAAUGAGUUAUGAGAGAUUUCCCUGUUUACUCUGACCUCCUCACUAAUGUCCUGUUGGACGUGUUCAGCAGUCGGCGAUGUGUGUGGCUGAUUCUCACGCAGCUGCGACUUUCGACCACAGAUUGUAAACGACGUUCCUGAAGGCAUCAGGGUCACCGGGCUUCACUGUCACACAGGGUUGUCACGGUAACCGGUGUAGCGGUAAACCCCGGUAAAAAAGUUGACAAUAAUAAAAACCGUCUUGUUUUUAAAAAACUAUAUUAUCUCGGUGGAUUACCAUGGCUGCGGUGUAGGCGCGGUGACCCUUACCAGCCACCGUAUCAUCUGCUGAAGUUGCCGGCGGCACAUGCGCACUUUGUUGUUUACAACCAAAACUUUCUUGAAGCUAAAGCUGAAAUAACGGCCAAAGGAGGAGACGGCGGCGCUCAGGACAUUUAUUAUCCCUCAAAGAAGACAAAGUGGGAAGUACGGGCAUCUUUUGGAUAUCUGAAGAAUGCCGAGGGACAGCUGAUAGAAGACGGCUAUCCUGUUUGCAGCACGUGCAGAAAAAGUGUCUGUGAAAGGCAGCAACGCUUCAAAUCUCAUGACACAUCUGUGUGACCAUCACCCACAACUCUACAGUCAACGCAAGGCAAGCUAACGUUAGCGUUUUAGCUAAAAUGCGUGAUCCGAGGAUUUGGGUUGAGGGAGAAUGCAACGAGUCGCUAUAUAAAGCAGCCGCAGCGCCGCUACCUGCAUAUAAACCGUGUCGCGGACACCGCCAUGUUGAAAUGACGCUAUGCAUUACGGGGCUCCCAGGGACAGAUAAGAGUUGGUCUCUCUCCGAGAAUAAUUAUGAAUUUAACAAUGAUUACUGCCUGAUGACAUUUUCCCACAUCUGCAAAGCUCACUGGAAGGACACAAACCGAGGACGAUAUUUUCCUGAUAUAGGGUUUAUUACUCAAGUAAGGGUAAAAAAGUAUCUGAUUAGAAGGCUACUUGAGUACUGAGUAUCAUCUGGUCUAAUAUUUUUAAAUGAUGACAUCAAACAGACAUAAAAUAAGAAGUUAUGGGCAAAUAUUGGUAUUUUAAAGACUAAAGGGGAAAAAUGUAAACAAAUAAACAACAUAAUUACAAAAUAACACACUUUAGGCUAAAUUUAGACACAAACUGAGGACAAUAUUUUCCUGAUAUAGGGUUUAUUACUCAAGUAAGGGUAAAAAAGUAUCUGAUCAGAAGGCUACUUGAGUACUGAGUAUCAUCUGAUCUAAUAUUUUUAAAUGAUGACAUCAAACAGACAUAAAAUAAGAAGUUAUGGGCAAAUAUUGGUAUUUUAAAGACUAAAGGGAAAAAAUGUAAACAAACAAACAACAUAAUUACAAAAUAACACAUUUUAGGCAAAAUUUAGACACAAACUGAGGACAAUAUUUCCUGAUAUACAGGGUUUAUUUAGUUUCCUGAAAAUGUAACACGUUUAAAAAAAAUGCCGCGAUAAUACCGAAAACCGUGGUAAUUUUGGUCACAAUAACCGUGAGUUUAAAUUUUCACACCGUGACAACCUUACUGUCACGUCAUUGGACAGGAAAUCCGUUGCAUUUAACCACUUCUAAAUGUUGCUGUUGUUCCUCUCCAGUCUGCUCUGCUCACACAGCGGAGGCUCGGAGGAGUCGGGACGCUCCUCACAAUAAAGAUGACAGGAUAAAGAGAGAAAGAGGCGAAGAAUGAACGAGAGAGCAAAAAGAAUGGAGGGGGAGAUUGAAGGAGAUGUGAAAAGGCCAGAGAGGGACGAGGAGCCACGUCUCCCUUGUCUUGACAUUUCUCCCCGUCUCCCCUGAGAACAAAUACCCCGAUAUGAACGUUCCAGACUGAUGGUGGAGUGGGACGGGGAGGAGGGCUUGUGUGAUGUGCAUUAGUUGUUACGGGCUCGGCGUGUAAUUUGGUUUUGGUUGAUGUAAUUAAAGGGUUCAGGCCUCAGCAGUUUUCUCCAGAAUAAUUUGUUUAGGAAGCGCUGAUUCCUCGCAGGCCGCCGCCGGCGACUCUGCUGCAGCUGUUGCUGGUGGUCAUGGCAACAGGAGGGCCCACAGGUGUCCACGUUAAUAUCUCUGCUCCCCAAGUGAACUGCAUUUAUAUGCAGCGCUUUGCAGCAGGUGCUGUUUAUCCACGCGGCGGAGGAGAAGUGAGCUGUCCCAGAAAGGAGGAGGCUUCUGGGGAGAACAAAAGGUGUCUUCCAGCUCUGCGCAGGGAUGCAUUCGUGUUAAAUCAGCGCGGCGUGCUGCAGAUGAAGAACGAAGCUGACCUUUAUGUCCUGCUGUCCUCUGGGACAACCUGCCGGGCAGAAACCAGAAACCAGACACCAGCGGAGAACCAGAAAACUUUCCGCUCCUCCUACUUUGUGCUCUACAUCUAUGUUCUGCUUGGAAUUGAACCAACAACCUCUUAACAAUGUUUGGAUUUAGACCAGAAGUCAGCCUUGGCCUUCAAAGAUGUCCAAUGAAUUAACAACCGUUGACUUCUAAUUGAACCCUUCGGCUGCAUUGGAUGGAUGUUUCUGUCAUUGUGAAGCGUUUGUCAUAACGGCAGGUGACAUCACACAACGGGGGCGGAGUCUGUAGAAAAAACACAGUCUUUGGACCAUUAGUUGGAUUAAAGUCUGAGCUACACACACACACACACACACACACACACACACACACACACACACACACACACACACACACACACACACACACACACACACACACACACACGAGUCGUUUAACCCUCCCACCGUCCUAAUGGGUGUGACCCCACGAGGAAAGUUGACCGUUGAGUAGGGUUGAUGGUUUAUCCAUUGGGUCCAUGGGUCUAAUGAUUAAUUAAUUUCAUAAUCAAUGUCAGUGUGUGGAAGACUUCUUUAAAAUGGCCACCAGGAUACAGCUGCCAUUGGGCCCAGGUGCUCUCCGGACCAGCUUACAGGUGAUGCUGAUCAGGUACCGGACCGUCUCCGUCCGACACACCAGGAGCUCAAAACCAGAGCUGGUAGCAGGAGAUGUUUGUCUUCAGAGGAGAUUUGGUAAAAACCAGCAGUACCAUGUUGUUUUUUUACUUUGUUCUAUGUUCAUGAGGCCAGGCCACUUAGCAAAGGUCAUGCAAAUGUUCUCGAUGCCAUUCAGUCUUAAAGUGUUUUUAAUGACUUCUCAUUUUGAUUCACACUGGCCACCGACUCCUCCCAAAGUGGUCUCACUUACCCUAAACUCACACUUCCACAAGCGAGUUUAUUCUAACGUGCUGAAAACUCCUAAUUAAAAAUCCUCACAAACGUCUCAAAGAGCCUUUUCUUCCUCGUCUCCGUCCCGAAUCUCGUUUUCCAUCAGUCCCGGCAGUCUCGGCCCGGCGAGAUUCCGGCCUUAUCCUGAGAGCUUUUCCGUGUCAGGUGGUUGUUUCUUGGGCGUGUUGGUCCCUGCGUGGUGUCUGAUAAGAAGGGAGGCUUUAUCUGCCUCCAGAGGCCAAACCUCAGUGUGUUGUGGCUGAUCCUGCUGCUCCACUUCCUCUCAGACGGGGUUGGUAAUCUGCCCUUCUCGUCAGGUGUUCUGGGGGAACGCUGCAGCAGGCUGUGGGAUAAAACAAAACAAACACCACGGAUGAACAACGGUUGAUACCUGGUGGGUUUUUUAUAUCGUGAUCUGUAGAUUUUGGGAAUCACUGAAUCUUUUAAGCUGCAUCGAUUGCUUUUCUUGUAUUAAAUGGCGGGAUUAAUUUAGAUUGAAUCCUGGAGAACAUAAUCAAUUCAGCCUUUUAUCUGGAUGGACGGCUGAAGAACGGAGGAAUAAAAGGGACAGAAUGAAGCCUAUUAGGCAGGAACCAGAGGCUUUAUACCUGUUUGGUACUGAUGUCACCAGCGAUCAGCUCCCAUAACUGAGUGACUGUUUGGUAUUGAUUUCACCAGAAUAAUAAAACGUAAUCCUAAUUCCACUAACACUGCUCUUUUAGCUUCUGAGUGUCGUGUAGGCUUUUAUUUUGAAGGAAUAGAAACAGUUUUUGUCUGAGAUGUGCAACUGAAAGACCUCACUGGGAUGAAAUGAACCUUUGGCUUAAAUGUGUGAGUGUAGGAGUUGGGCUGAGUGGUUAGCAUCAUCAUGCUAAUAGCCAGUGCAUCCAUGAUGAUGCUGAGACAGGUCCAUUUGGUUCUGAUUCUGGUGGGGUUAAUAGAGAUUUACUAACAUCUAAACAGAUGAAAGCUCUGAAGUAAAAGAAUCAGUCCCAACAUUUUACAGAUGAACGGUUCUGGUUGUGGCGUUCCCAUCGCUGCGUCCUACAGCAGUUUACCAGGUCGGUUUAGUUCCAUUUCCUACAUUAAAACCACUCGGAUAGAUCUGAUGCUCUUUAUUUGGGCGAGUCUGAACACGAUGCAGCAUCAGCCAGACUGACCAACAGUCAUCGGCGUCUCUAAUUGAGUCUGUGGAUGUCUCCGUCGGUCUACAACAUAAAUGUCAGGGCUUCCUGUGGGCGUGGUAAUUUAAUGUCAGCUCACUCUGUCUCUUCAAGGCCAAUUAGAUCAAACUCAACCCCAAACCGGGAAAACAAGGAAGCGCGGCGCCGGUAAAUGAGAUGGAGUUGUACGUUUGUGCCAGUCAGACAGAAAAAACGAACCAGAGACAGUUUAAUAACCAACCUGCACCCGCUUCCCUAACCUGAUUCUCGCGUGGAGGAUCAUGAUGGUUUAUUAUGGGUCAGGUGAGCAUGAAUGAAUGAAUGAAUGAAUGAAUGAAUGCUGAACUAGACCGUAUCUUCUUUGUUUCUGCCUUCAGCUUUCUUUACUUUCCGUUGACCACGUUUGCCUUUAAAAGUAGUUUCGAUGUCCGUUAACCCUUUUCAGCCAUUCACAAGCGUUUCUGUUUAAAGGUCAACUUUUGUCUUAAUGACUGUAAACGCCGUCAGGAACAGCCUCGGUUCAGAGAAAUGGUUUCAAGCUAAAUCUCUUCGGUCUUCAGAGGAGCCGAAGCAGAACUCCCAAAACUUUAUUUUACCAGCCUCUUCAUCACAGAUCCUCACGUGGACUUCAGCAUUUGUUUGGAUCGAACUUCCGCGGUUAUUUAAAUGGAAUUCUAUGGGUGAUGUUGGAAUAGUUCCACUCCAACACGGACUGUCUCUAUCCCAGAGAGCUCCACUGGCAAAUCAUCAUAAAAUGAUAAAAACCAAGGCUACAGCAGCAAUGUGCUGUAGGUGUGGAUCCAUCAUACACCAGGGGCGUGUCCAGGGAGUGGCCUGGGGUGGCACAUGCCACCCUUGGAAUCUGAUUGGCCACCCCAGGUGCCAACACACUAAUUCCAUGCUUUCGUUCUUUUUAAACACAGAAACAGUUUUGUUUACCUUCACCGGCAGCCGUCGGCGAAACUGUAGCUACAACACAGGUGAACAAAACUGUUCCUGUGUUUAAAAAGAACGAAAGCAUGGAAUUAGAACCACGACACAGCAAGAACACACCUAAGAUGCCAACACACUAAUUUACCUUCAAAUAGGCUUUUCAUUGUCCACAAAAGGUUUGGGGGUAAAACAAAAAAAAGCAUAACCAUUGGUGCUACCCAUGCACAAAGUUGUGCCUCACCUGGGCCACCCCAGUUUAAAAGAUCUGGACACGCCACUGUCACACAACUCUAAAAGAACGACCCUAGAGUCGCUAACCGUGUAACGUGAUGCUAAUGGUAACUUUUCCUAUUUUUAAGUCACUUUCUUGAGUGCUGAAGCAACCCUUUACGGGGUUAAUGAAAUGUCACUGAUACCCCACUGCCCCUUGUGGCCAGAAUACCACACUUGCAACUUCAGAGUGCCGGUCCGGUCUCUGUCAGACUUAGAAAAGUAGAGCUGACAUACGUGGUGCUGCAGUCUGCUUCCAGCAAGUUUCCUGCACGUUUUAGAUCAUGAACACGUCUGAUUUGUUUAAUUUGGUGAAGAAUGACUCCUGUAGACACUAGCCACGUUUACAUGCGUAUAUUUAAUCGGAUUGAAUGCCCAUUCAGAUCGAAAAUUCUGCAUGUAAACAUGUCAAUCGGAAUAUUCUGAUCAGAUUCGGCCCGAUCGGAUUGAAAUUUCAGUCCGAUUGAGAGGGGUGGUUUAUUCCGUUCCUCAUUCCGAUUGACGUGCAUGUACACAGCCAUUCGGAUUGUUGGGGUAACAUAAAGCCCACUGCGCAUGUGUGCAACAGCCAGCGGGCCUUUCCGCUGUCAUUUGGACUGCCUGACUUCAAAAAUGACGGCGUAAUUAACGAGUGGCGGCUUUUAAAUCCGACGACAAGCCGUCCCCGUUUCAGUAAUAUUUAAUUCAGAACUUGUAUUUUGUGGAAGUAAAAUAAAAAUCUGAUUAUUGCACCAAUCAUUCGACAAACAUGUUCAAAUAUGAACUGGAAACACGCAGGUUUAUCGCGGGGGUCGCAGCGCACGGAUCCCCGUUUCUGUCAGCUUUGAACGCAGCAGUUUCUGCAGCAGGUGAUGGAGACGCGCUUGUAAAGAACACAGGAUAAUCUGGGUUUUACAAACCUGAUUGGUGGCUGGUGUUGGGUAGGAAAACGUCCUCGGUUAAAUACUCUGGACGACAGUAAAGUCCGUGUUAAAAGCACGUAAACGCAGUUGACCUGAAACGCGGUUCGUUAAUGAUGAACACAGGCUUCUAAACCUUCUGAACAUCUUCUGUUAUUUUGUUUUGAACAGAUUUUUCUCAACAGUUUCAGCUGAUCGUCACAUGUUAUUAAUAAUAAGCCACAACAGAGCUCAGUAGUAAAACAUGAGUCUAACCCCCCCACCCCCGCUGUGUGCCGCAGCGCAACAGUACAGCUGUCACCUCAGACCCGCGGACCAGCUGAUCAAGAGGCAGAGACAUAACCCUCCCUUAUUUUAAUCAACAAUAAAAUGCAGCAAAGCAUCGCUCUGCAGUUAUUCGCUGAAGAAAACGUAACUUCUAUGAGCUAAAUAAAAAUAUUAAAUAGAAUAAAUGGAUCAGGAAAGCGGGAAGAAUAGUUAUUUCUGUUUUUACAUUUUUCUUUUCGUUCCAUGGCGUUUGUUUACAAUUUUUCUUUCGGGAAAGGCAACUCUGCGCAUGCUCAACCUAUUUAAUCAGAUUAAAUGCUUGGUGCAUAUGUACGCACGGCACGAUCGGAUCAUUUCAGUUCGUGUCCAUGUGAACAGAGAUUCGGAAAUUCCGCUCAACCAAGAUUUCAAUCGGAUUGAGGAAAUUUGGCACAUGUAAACGCAGCUACUGAUGAAGGCUGGGAGACAUUUCUGCUGUUAGAUGAAGGUGUUAAACAGACAAACGCACAGCGAGGAGAUAAAUAUCACUUUUGGUUUUACUAAAUGAACACCAGGGGGUGCUAAAAGCGAGCCUGAACUACAUGGUAUCCCUUUACGCUCAUUAAUAAUCAGAUUGCUGCUUUGUUGAAUCGGUUUGAAACAUAAAAAACGUUGUUGAGAAGAAUGACCUAAUGUGUGAGAUGUUUAUAAAAUAAUUGGAAGACGCUCUUUAAACUGGGGGCUUCUGGAGAAGGCAGAACACAUCAGAUUAAAUAAAGCCGUGUUGUAAGAUUAUAAUCAUCAGCAGAUUAACGUGCUCUCUCUCUCUUCCUGACGUGUUGCUUUCUGUUCUCUCUCUGAAAUCCUGAUGCACAUCUUUCAUUCCCCGUCUGCGUGGCGCUGAUUCAAACCUUGGAACCCUCGUUUCUCUGCUGUCAGCUGUUUCUGCCGGCUGAAACAUUUGUGACACUUGAUGUCAGAAACAGCUGAUUUAUGACUUCUGUAGCACCGACCCUCCUUUCUGCUUCCAUUUCAGGAUGGUUCUGUUGCUACACAGAUGAUUUGCAGCCUUUCGUGUGACAUCGACCCUGCAACACAACUGAGUUGUUUGGGGGCCGUCCAUCUUGCUCCUGCUGAGCUAGCUGGCCAUUCUUUGCUCUCCGUACCUCUGUGUGGUUCUGCACAGCCGUCUCAUCGACUGUUGCUGGCGUUGAUUAACUCGACAGGCGUCCCUGGAGCUUGUUAUCCUGUCCAUUUCCUGAGCGAGUGCUGAAGUCAUUAGCAUUGGGGUUGGUGUGAACAGCUUUCAGCAGGUGUUACAGUAGCUGGUUUAUCUCCCCGCACCUGUGCUGCUGUCGGAGGAUGCUGCAGCACCAAAACGCCGCCGGGCUGUUCGGUGUCGGUGCAGCUGUUAGGAAUCAGACUGUCACUCCCAGUAAAUCCUCUACAGACGCCGACUUCAUCAUCUAACCCUGCUUUUUACAAAGAUGAGCCUCAAAACACGAAGUUCUGCAAAACUCCAUGAAGAGUUUGGUCUAUUUCAGAUGGGCCAUGCGGACGCUGAUGGGAUGUGACAUCACAGUGAAGUCGUGGACAGCGUUGGACCGUGAAACCUCAGAGCCACUUGGGUUUUCUUUUUCACCCGACCUGGAGCAGAACCACUUUUAUACAUUUGCUGUUGCCUGCCAGUGAAUGCACCAUUCCAAUAUGGAUAAUCUUUCCCAGGAUUCAAUUCUGGAAUGCCAGAUCUGCUUUAACUACUACAGCCCUCGACGGCGGCCCAAACUCUUGGAUUGCCGACACACUUGUUGCUCGGUGUGUUUGACCCAAAUGCGCAGCACCCAGAAGGAAAUCCGUUGUCCCUGGUGCCGUGGUGUCACCAAACUUCCUCCUGGCCUGUCUGUCUCUCAGCUACCGGAUGACCCGGACAUCGUCACUGUCAUCGCCAUCCCUCACGCCUCCGAGCACACGCCAGUUUUCAUCCGCCUCCCGAGCAACGGCUGCUACAUGGUGCCACUUCCUGUCACUAAGGAGCGGACGCUCGGCCUGCCGGGGGAUCUGGGGUGUCGCUUCCUGCCUGGCGGCCAGCAGAAGGGGGUGACGGUGGUGACGAUGCCCGAGCAGCAGCCUCUGGGCCUGGCGAUGGGCCUGGAAGGGGUGGGGCUAGAAGGAGGCGAAGGGGAGAGGAGAGUCACUGGCCCAGUUGGGGGAGGAAAGGGUUCUACGUGGUCCGGGGUGUGCACGGUUAUUUUGGUGGCAUGUGUGCUGCUCUUCCUUCUGGGAAUCGUGCUGCACAACAUGUCCUGCAUCUCCAAACGCUUCACUGUUAUCUCCUGUGGCUGAGGGCGGAGCUCAGGCUCCUGCAGACAUCUCAUGUUGGCCUGGCUUCUCCUCAGGGAUGAACUCUGCUGAGGGGAGUGGACUAAACCCACGGAGAGGACAGGAAGGAGAUCCUCAAAGGGACCACCGUUGUUUUUGUUAGAAUUUUUUUACCUUGGGGACUGAUGUUAAAACAGAGAAAAAGCUUUCUGAGUUUCACUUUCUUCCUCUCCAGCAGAACUCCGCUGGCCUAAAAACUCCCACCCCAGGUGUUCUCCCAAUCUUCUCUGAUGGACUGUUCUGAAUGGAUUGUUCCCUCACAGCUGAUUGUGUUUGUAGCGUUUGGCUCAGACGUUCUCCAGCUGGUUGGUUCCUGGUUCUGUAGGACCUUACUGUGCAGAAGCCACAUCUUCACCCAGGACAAACCAAUCUGUGGAACCUACUUGGCUUUCAUUUUCUAUCUGCUGUGGAAGAACCUGUUGAGAACAAACCUUUGAGAUGACUGUAAGUGAAAUGUAGAGUUCAAACCAACCAGGAUGUGCAGAAGAGCAGCAGGUAGUUGGUUUAGGGUAUCCUGCAACGAUCUUCUGGUGACUCGUUGGAGGUUUUUAAUUGUUUUUCGGGUUUAAAUCACAUGUCUGUGUCGACUUCACUCUUCUGUUGGUGCACAAAACGAACAAACUGUUAAAAGUAGUUUAAAUGUGAGAUCAUUAUGAGCUGAAAAAUAAAACUGGCUAUAAUAUCUGGAAAAAUACAGAAUAUCUGACACUGAAUUAUUAAUUAAAUCAAAUUUUUAAAUUAAAUUCGACAGUUUUCUUUCCAAAUGUGACAAAAGCUUUGAAUUUACCACCUAAAUUAUAUAAUCUUAUAUUUUAUGUUAAAUCACUUUUGUUCUUAAUAUUUAAAUGUCAACAGGUCUGAAGAUUAGCUUUAAUGUAAUUCAGAAAUGCUUUAUUCAUCCAAAAGGGAACUCAAAUGUUGUAAUUCAUAAUAUUCAGAAACAAUAAUGAUAAUAUUUAAAUCAUUUCUAUAUAUUGAUAUUGGAUGAUUAUAGGCCUAUCUCUUUAAUAUCAAUGAUGGUAAUGUCAUUAUCAGAUGAAUGGAAAUUGAUUUAAUAAUAUUUGCUAGUUGUUUAAUUUAUAAAUGGUAAGAAAUAAAUUUUGAAUAAAAGCAAACAUUUAGCAUUAAGCCCAGGUUUCAGCUAGCUCUGUCUGGAUUUAUUUGUACAUAAACCGAGGUGUAACUCAGUUUUGUGCUACUUGUGAAGGUUUUAAACUUAUUUUAUUUUGCUGUUAUUACAGAAUAAUGAAAAAAAUGGAAUCUGUCCCUGUUGAAGGUGGUUAGACGAGUCGCUUUUGGUGUUUAUGAACGUUUAAGAGGCCUUCGUUUGGCUAGCUCUGGUGUAGGCUACUCCAGUCCUUGAGAGCCGCUAACCAACUCGCUUCAGAAGUUUCUCUGAUUCAACACACCUGGUUUAUAUGAGCAGGUGACCAGCUGAACAGGUGAAUCAGCUAUGUUGAUGCAGGGAAACAACUAAAACAAGCUGGUAGGGGCUAGGACCGGGGUUUCCUACCCCUGGCAUAGCUGCUCCCAGGUUAGCUAGAAUAUGUGUUAGCUUCUCGUGCUACAAACCUAGCGAACUUACUAGCUAGUAACAAGAUAGAUGGGAAGUGUGGUUGAGUUAAGCACUGUACGUGUUUACGUUUUACUUUCUGUUGUUCAACAUCUUCCUGUUUUUGUGCCUCACACGUCAGAAUUUGCUAAUAAAAUCAUUAAAUCGUU